AUGAUUUUGGGUGACUUCAAUGCAGACCAGCUCUCUCUAACGAGGCAUGAUGCACCUAUUGUGUGCUCUCUCUGCUCUGAUUUUGGUCUCCAACAGGUCCCCUAUGGAGCAACUCAUCAUACUUCUGAUGGUGACACUUUGCUAGAUUUAUGCGUGAUUGAUAAUGAGGAUACUCUGUUAUCCUACUGGAAAACGGAUGUUCCUUUUAUUGAUGGUCAUGAUCUUAUCCCGGCUACACUACGGGCAGUCGUGCCUCGUCAGACUCUGACUAGUGACAUCUGCUAUAGGGAUUUCAGUGCCCUUGACGUGGAUGAACUUACCGUGCACUUAAUGUCUAGUGACUGGUCAAUCUUUGGUGAGUCAGCAGCUCCUGUGGUUGACCUUGUCUCAUGUUUGAUUUGUUAUCUGGGCGAUGCCAUUAGUGCGGCUGUUCCUGUUAAGACCGUGAAAAAGGACUUAAAGCGGAAACCUUGGCUUACUGCUCGCAUAGAUAUGCUAGUGGCUGUCCGCGAUCGACUGUACAGAGUGUACAGGCUGGUUCGCUCUAGAAGAGCUCUUCUUGAGUAUAGAGCUGCCCGUGAUCAUGCUCACGGUGAGGUCGAGAGUGCGCGUCAACUAUUCUUUGGCCAGCGUCUGAAGGUGCUAUCUAACCCAGGCCUCAUCUGGAAGGAGUUACGACGUCUUGGAGUCGCUGCUGUGGAUAAUGUGACCCAAGACUUCGAUCCUGAGGUGUUGAAUGCAUACUUUGCUGGAGUGUCCUUCAAUCCCAAUGAACUAUCUGUAGACGUCUUUCUUGACUCUUUUCUGGGUGCAGCAUGUGCUGCUGAUAAGGGGUUUUCAUUCGGUCCAGUCACUGCUGAGGAUGUACGGAGUGCUAUUCGGCACUUCUCCUCUGGAGCAAAGGGGACUGAUGGAAUUCCCAAGUCGGUAGUCUCAGCGGCUCUGCCUGUUCUCACGGACUAUCUCGUCACAAUCUAUAACGCGUCUUGUUCUUCAGCUUGCUUUCCUUCACAGUGGAAAAAAUCCCUUGUAGUGGCGCUCCCCACGAUAAAAAACCCUUCGGAGGCUGGCGAUUAUAGGCCGAUUGCCCUACUCUGCUUUCUGUCCAAGGUCUUGGAGAGACUUGCCUCCUUACAGAUCCUUGAAUAUCUUGCCGAGCGCUCUAUACUGGAUCCACGCCAGACUGGCUUUUGCCCCUUCAAUAGUACACAGACGGCUCUGCUUAAACUGACGGAUGACAUACGUACUGGGAUUGACAGACGGGAAUUGACGAUGCUUCUCCUCUUUGACUUCAGCAAGGCAUUCGAUUCUGUGUCACACGUCCUGCUCUUACGCAAGCUGGUCGGUUACGGGUUCUCAGCGGCGGCUGUCAGGUGGAUAGCGUCCUACCUUAGUGGCCGUACUCAGUCGACCGUGGGAGGCGCGAGUGGCAUGUCCUCGUCUCGUCCCUUGAAUAGGGGGGUGCCGCAGGGGUCAGUUCUUGGCCCUCUGCUGUUCCUCCUGUUCAUAAAUGACGUAGCGGGAGGCUUGGGACAGGGCAUUCAGCAUCUGAUCUACGCUGAUGACCUUCAGAUUUAUUUGAGCUUCUCACGAGCUGAUAUUGAAGUGGCCACUUGCGUUAUGAGUUCUGCCGCCAAAUGUAUCAUGGACUGGGCCGCUUGUAAUCGCUUGCGACUUAAUGUUGCCAAAACCAAGGCUAUCAUUUUUGGCUCUCAAUUCUUCAUCAAUGAACUAUACUCUUUGUCCAAUUUGUCCAUCAACAUUGACGGUGCCAGUGUUUCUUUUGAUUCUUCUGUGCGUAGCCUUGGAAUGGUCCUGGACAGCAAGCUCACUUGGAAGGAGCACGUGGCCGGUAUCACUAGAAGGGUGCAUUCGGUGAUGUAUCGGCUGCGAUUUUUCCGUACCAGUACCACUCAAGGUUUGUAUAAACACCUGAUCGAGACUCUGGUGUUCCCGGUGGUAGAUUACUGCUGCCUGGUGUAUGCUGGUCUGUCUGAGGAGCUUUCUCUGAGGCUUCAGCGUCUCAUCAAUAUGGGAAUUAAAUACAUCUUUGGGGUGAGGUGGGACGAGCAUAUCACUCCUUACCGACUGCGCUUGAGCUGGAUGCUGAGUGGGACACGCAGAAAGUACUUUUUGGGUUGUCAGACGUUCAGAGCACUCAGGAUCGGGGAGCCUGUUUACCUGGCGGAUCUCUUCGUCCUCAGCCGUGGCGUACGUCCUGUGAGGGGUGAGGUGAAUCCGCUGCUGAUCAAUUCGUUUAGGACUGAGGCCAUGCGCCGCUCAUUUCAGACUUCGGCGGCAUAUUUUUGGAAUUCCCUUCCUAGCUUGGUCCGAGAUCAACUGUCCCUUCCCGCUUUCAAGCUGGCACUGCGUGCCUACUUGAGGGAUAAUCCUUAA